UCACUACCCCUGCCCCGCCCCUCAUAGUGGCACUCUCGCCAUCUUACCCCCCCUUCUAGCCUAGCUCAGUCACCUUUUCCCUUUCUACAAUCUUUGCCCCCACUCCCUGCCCCCCUGCCCGUCGUGUCCCGGGGCCGCCGCCGCAGACACCGCGCCAUCUCUGUCCCCUCUCAUUCUCCACGCGGGACGCGCAGCCGUGCCUCCACGUGUCUUAAGCAGAGAUGAAUAAUACUGCAGCUAGCCCGAUGUCUACUGCCACUUCAAGUAGUGGAAGGAAUGCUGGGAAGACCAUCAGCUUCGCCGCCGAGCUGCAGAGCAUGAUGUUUUCUUUAGGUGAUGCUAGGAGGCCUCUCCAUGAAACAGCAGUUUUGGUAGAAGAUGUGGUUCACACACAACUAAUUAACCUGUUACAGCAAGCUGCAGAAGUCUCUCAGCUUCGGGGAGCAAGAGUGAUCUCUGCUGAAGAUCUUCUGUUCUUGAUGAGAAAAGAUAAGAAAAAACUUAGAAGACUUCUAAAGUACAUGUUUAUCCGAGACUACAAGUCAAAGAUCAUCAAAGGCAUUGACGAGGAUGACCUCCUAGAAGAAAAACUGAGUGGCAGCAGCGGUACAAACAAGAGACAAAAGAUUGCUCAGGACUUGAUCAACUCUAUUGACCAGACAGGAGAGCUUCUGGCAAUGUUUGAAGACAACGAACUCGAUGAUGUUAAACAGGAAAGAAUGGAGAGAGCAGAAAGACAGACUCGAACUAUGGAUUCGGCUCAGUAUGCAGAGUUCUGUGAAAGCCGACAGUUAAGUUUCUCCAAAAAAGCAUCCAAAUUUCGAGACUGGCUGGACUGCAGCAGCAUGGAGAUAAAGCCCAAUGUUAUAGCUAUGGAGAUCCUGGCAUAUCUGGCGUAUGAGACAGUGGCCCAGUUGGUGGAUCUGGCUCUUCUUGUGAGGCAAGAUAUGGUAUCUAAGGCAGGGGAUCCCUUCAGCCAUGCCAUUUCUGCAACCUUCAUUCAGUACCACAAUUCUGCUGAGGGGUCCUCCUGUUUGAAGUCCAGCCCAGACUCUCCUGAGAACACACCUCCUCCUACACCAACAGCUCCCUCUUCUGGGUCCCAGCAUGCAGGUAGAGCUGCGUCUGGCUCCCUGGGGAACGGGAGCACAGGACAAGACUCUGCCAAAACCAAGCAGAGGAAGAGGAAAAAGAGCACUGCGGCCUGUGGUGUCGAGGCUCACAGCGAUGCCAUCCAGCCCUGCCACAUCAGAGAGGCGAUUCGACGCUACGGCCACAAGAUUGGCCCUCUCUCCCCAUUCACAGCAUGCUAUCCGUGAAGAAGAGAAAAAGGAGAAAAGGAAGCCAGUCUAGAGUCUGUAUCAUCUCUUGGAAACCAUUAUCUAAGGUGUGAUGGGUCCCUGCUUGCACUGAACUAACCUCACUCUAGUGUUAAUGAUUCAGCAAGUAAUGUCCACACGGUGCACUCACAAAUGGCUAAACAAGAGAGACCAGCGUUCUGUGUACUGCUGUGCGUUUACUCUUGCUCACCAACAGGACUGGUGCAGUUUAAAGCCACACCCUUCUGACAUCGAUGCUCAUUUCCUGUAUUUUUAAAGGCAGCACUUGAUUUCAGAGUAUGAUAGCGGUCCCCUUGGAGUGUUGGUACUUCUCCUACUUAAUGACACAGUGAAUCCGUGGAAGGACCAUGUUAGCAUCGUCCACAUCCUGAGCCUCCCUAUAGCUGUUGUACCUACAUUUGAUUCAGUAAAUGUUUGCUACAAAUCAUGUUAAAAAUAUGUGAGGCUGAUGACAUGGCCGAUUUAAAGGGGGACUCGGGUGCCCCUGCUUGCUCCUCCGACUAAAAAGCAGAGUGUCUCAGAAUCAGAAAAAAAAGCUUCAACCUGCCUGAGCAAGCCAGGAAGCAUUUGGAGGGUCAUUUACAUGUGAACCAAAUUUGCCCCACAAAGGCAAAUGAGUGACAGUUUUAAAAAGGCUGAGAGAGCAGAAAUGCAACUCUGGAAAGCAGCAGGCUGCUCAGGCACCUAUGAAAGUCAGCCUUGGGGUUGGGAAUUUAGCUCAGCGGUAGAGGGCUUGCCUAGGUUCAGUCCCCAGCUCCGGAAAAAAAAAAAAAAGAAAGUCACCCUUGACAGGAACCCAGAGACCUGAAGCUUCCAAGAAUGGUUGUCUUGUUUCUGUUUUGUUUUGUUUUGUUUUGUUUUUUUUAAGACAAGUGUCCCAUGUAGCCCCACAGACUCCCUAUGUAGCCAAGGAUGAGUUUGAACUUCUGAUCCUCCUGUCUCCUCCUCCUCAAGUGCUGAGGACCCUCCUCCAGCAUCGCCCAGUGCAUGCUGUGCUGUGCGGGGAGGAAACCCCAGACCUGAGCACACUCAGCAAGCACUCUGCCACGGGAGCCUCUUCCCCAGCCCCAGGAGUUUAAUUCAAAACAAGAUCGCCUAGACUCAUCUUAAAAGGUUAGAUAACUGAUGUCAUCAAGGAGUUAUUUUAACCUGGGGGGCAAGGAGUAGAUUUGAGCUGUCCUGUGUUAGAGAAUAUAAUUCAGAAGGUAAUAGGAAGAGAGAGUUGCCCAAGAUGGCGUGAUAAACGCCAAAGAGGUGGCCACUGUGACAGGACCUGGAGUCUCCUUGACCUAGGGAUAGUGAAAAUGAAGAAGACAAAGUGUGUUCAGGAGUUAUUUGUCCUGCAGAAUAAAUGUUCUCUUCAUGAGAGAACAUAAUGUGUGCCACCAUGCAAACUGUUAACAUGCUUUCAGGAUUAAAGUCGGUGUGCAGCAGCUUGCCGAGAACUCGAGUUUAAAGACAACACAGAGACUAAGGGGUUGGUGCCCUGGAGGCUUGCUUGCUAAGGAGCACAAACAGUGCUUAAUGCAUAAAUGACCUAAACACAAAUCUAGACAAGACACUCCAGCUUUCUGUUUGAUUUUAUGGAGAUAUUCAUUUCUGACCCAAAAGUCAGAGUAUUAUGCUGGUUUCAUGACCAAAUUGACUUCCUAAUCCACUGCCGAAUUUGGUCUCGCAUUCCUGGAAGAUGACUGUGACCAAGCCAGGGUGCGAGUGCUCUUUCAGCGUAGAAGGGUUUGUACAGCAGCUUCCUCCCCUAAUCUGGGAUUAGCACUGAUAGCUGUGAGAGACUUCUGUCCCUACUCCUGAUCCCCAAAAGAGAAAGACACAAUGGAACCCUGACUGGGAGUCCAGGUUUUCCAGAACUUGUGGAAUGACACAUUGGCCAGUCAUCCUAGCUCGGUGCUACUGGCUGGAGACGGCUGCAGAGCCCACCAUUAGCUACAAGUCACCGCUCAGCGAGCACUUCCAGCCCUAAGAGGCUUCGUCUCAGUUUUAGAUUUUUUUUUCUUGCCCUUUCUGCUAAAAGUCCCUCCUUCAGAUUUAUGAAAGAAAACAUUUCUUUCUGUAAAAGGUUUUUGUACACCCGCAUCUGGAAGUGUUUAUUUCAGUGGCAUGUAAGCUAUCUGUGGAUUUAGUUAGCACCAGACCCCCUUUUGUGUACUUCUGCCUUAAAAAUUUUAUAAAUGAUCUUAUUGAAUUUGUGCCAGUGUGCACAUGGCUUGGCUGAUUGCUGCAUAUAUCCUUUACCUGCCAGUCACCUUUGAUUUAUGUUCCUUCUGCUAAGCUUUUGCCUUCCAAAAAUGGUGCCACUGAACUGUCCUCUAAAUCAUCUUAUUGGUUAAAUUACUCCAAGAUGAGUUGGUAUGCUUUUGGUUGCCUACAGACAGAAGAAUUUAUAUUUUCUGCCCAUACCCACUCCUAGCAAAGCCACUUACAGUGGAGGAUUGGACAGGCUAUGUCAUCGAUCUCCUUAUUCCAAAUGAAUACCAUCUGAAGCACUGUGCCAAGUUAAGACCAAAGCAAGAGAGAAGGGAUCUUUGGCAUCCACUGCUGCUGGGAGCCCUUCCUUUGCAAAUACGGCUGCAUCUUGAGCUGAAUCUGAUAUGAAAGCAUCUUUUCACUUCUCAGAAAAAAAAAGGCCCUUCAUGUUAAAAUAAUAUACAUACAUACAUACAUACAUACUUACAUACAUACAGCAAGUUUUAUCAGAAAGGCUAAGCUUUGAGGGCUUCACACGGCUGCCCUGACCCGCUUGUUCCCUGGAGCAAAGCCAGUGGCUUGAGGUGGCUGAAGGUAGCUGUGGUGGGUUCAAAGUAUUCCCAUUUCUAAAAAGCCAGUUCUUAAGCACGAUAAAAUGAUGCAGCGCUUUAAGCCCGUUUUCUAAGUCAGUCUGUUGUAGAACAUGCCACCUAAGCUGAUGUCGCAGACUGCCAGCUGUACCAGUGCGUCACUGCCAGUUCACUUACCUAAAAAGUGAGUUUGCUGGUAAGGAAGCCAACUUAUAUGCACCACCAAUGCAAUUUUUAAAUGUCUUAUGUGCUCAAAUAUCUCACGUCAGAAACUUUGCGUCUCUCUGCUCUUUUUUCCCAUUCCAUACAGUAGUAGACGGAAAUUUUAAACUUCAUGAUUAUGCAUAAAAUGUAGGGAAGCAUUUUAAAAUGCUCUGACUCCACAAACCCCAGCAUCCUAGUUCACAAAUGGUUGCAGGCAAAGAACACAAUGAGACUGGUUGGCAGUGGUCCCACCAAGCCUGGAGGUAUUUAUUCCGAAAGACUCCCUAGACUCAUUUAAAGUCCUGGAAAUGUAUGUGGAGCACCCGUGCUCUGCCCAGGUGAAGCUGUCAGUCAGGCCUGCAGCGUGCCCUUCAGAAAGGCAACACCAGUUGGUUUUUGUCCUUAGAAAACGAGCACCAGAGAUGCAAGCCCUAGCUUUCCACUGAGAUCCCUAACGUCAAUGCAGUGUUCGUGUGUGUGCAUGUAUUCCUGGGAGGUUAGCCUCAGAAAUAUCCUAAAUAAGCCCAGUUUUUAUCAACGCCAAGUCAUACGCGUUACUGCUUUACAUCCUACUGUCUUUAAUGGAUUUCCAGUAUUUUGAGUCAACUUGCUUGAGUCAUAGUUUUAUCACUUGUGAAAAUUAGCAAAUUAUAAAUAAGUAUUAGGAACCUUUGAAAGCAUCCAGCACAAUCCCAAUAUAUAGAGUGUGCUAGGAAAAAGUACCAAUGAGCAUUUUCCUUAAAGAUCAUCGACAUCUUAAGAAAAUUCAGAAGUAUAGAUUAUAGUAAUAGCUUGUCAGUGAAACACUCCUGAGCAGUGUAGAGGGGAGGCCCUAGCCUAACAUGAGUAGGAGAUGGAGACCCAGGCCCACUGCUUAGCUUUCCUGUGACUGAUGAGAAAUGUUCCGUUUCCAUGUCUUUUUAGCACAUAGAAUGAUGAUAACAUGGUUAAGGCAGAAACACAGAGUCUCUUGAGAUCUGGGAACACUAGACUCCUUCCCUGCUCUGCAUGUUUGCCUUUGUGUGGGCAAGCAUGUCCAUGCUGAGCAAAGUUUCACUUCCGGCCGUGGUGGCAUUACUAACCACAUGUGGGGAGGGAAGCUUAGAGGCAGAAGGGUAUGGUAAAAAGAUGAAAAGCUGCAGAAACUGUGGCUUCCAAAAAGUCACUGCCAGAAGCUUUUCCAGGAACAAGAGCUUAGAGGAGUUGGAAACUUUAGGUUGAAAGGAAAAACUGAAUGAUGGAAAUGCAUUGUGAACUUGCUUUAAUUAUAGGUUUCCAACUUGGGGUGCAAAAGGCUCCUUACCUGGAAGCAGCUCCUACUGCCACUGUCACUGAGCCUGGGGCUGCUACUGACGGAGAAUCACCGUCCAAUCUUAAACUGUACGCCACACUGGGAAAAGGAAACAUUUCACACAAGUGAAAUCCAACAGAAUUGUCCAGUGGUAAUACUUACGCUAGUGACUAAGACGACCUUGAGUCAGCUGAGUUAGCUACUGAAGGAGGAUCAAGACAGGUUUGGAGACCACUCCAAAUUAAGAAUGGUGCGGAAUCUCUGCCAUCUGCUGCUUUCGGUGUUUGACAUUCACGGACUUCCCCAUCAUAUGAAACUGAAAGGUAUUCUUCCGUUCCCUUGGUGGAAAGAGAAAUACUGUACGGUUAGGUGAACAGACUCUCUCAGGCUGUCCUUCCUGACAGUGGACCAGCAUUUCUUCUAUCCUUGGUUGAAAGAAUUUUGCCACCGUCUUAACAUGAAUUCUGAAUGUCAGUACUUCCUGUAAAAGUCAAGCUCUAGGGAAACUUUCCUUUGAAGGCUUGCAGGUCUGCUGACCCUGGGAGUUCUUGGUAAUGUUGGCAAUACAGAUCCCGUCUCUUCUAUUUCUCAGAUUAUGGACCAGUUUUCUCUCAUCCAGUCCUAGUCUCCCACCAAUUCCUUCCAAGAUAUUUUAUAUUUCCCAGUUUUACUGAAACCUGUUCCUCAUCAGUCCUGGUAAGAUGAAGGAGGGGCACUAAUCAUAUGGAGCCGCCAGGAUAACAAACAACACUUUGCUUCAUUUUGCUUACUUUGAGCAUCAUAUAAACAUAUUUUUAUAUGUGCAAAUGGAUGCACAGAUUUAUAGAACAACAGUGGCAAUGGCAGAGUCCAGUUUCAAUCUCCCUGGCCUAUAUGAGUGAGUGUUCUACGACCUCUAAGUCAGUUUACAGAGAACCCCAGGGCCGCCAGAAGGCGGAGUGAAUGUUUUGUUAUUACUGGCAUUGCUUGUCCAUCUGUGGGUCUCCUCAGGAGUGGCGGCUGUGUAAAAAUGAAAUGUUCAUAACAACCAUAUUGAAGGAAAUGGACCCAGCCUCUGCUUCUCCUGUCACACUGCAGGCUUAGCUGAAGCUAACUGUCGUGGGCUGACUUGGUACUCAGCCCCUCAUUCAGGACUGAGACAGAGCUCCUUGUAGUCUGAACAGAGAGAGGAGGAGCUGGGCCCCAAGACUUCUGGACUAAUCUUCAAACUUCCUUGAGAUUAUGGCAGGAGGUAUUGUGAGGAGUACAAACGAAACAUCUGAUCUCCAUGAUUUUAACUUAACACAAAACUAAUCUUAUUUCCACAAAUGUUCUUGGAGCAUUUUUCGUCUUGGGAGGGAAAGUAGUUUUGGAUUAGAAUAUUGUUCUUUGCAAUGUACUUAAUGAAAUAAUGUUUCAUUCACAUGGCCAUUUAAUAAGCCAUAAGUUUUAAACUGAAAGCUUCCAGUGGGGACUGGAGUUCUGUUUAACUCUCAGUCAUUAUUAAAGCCACAGUUUUAGGAAGGAAGCUCCGCUGGGCUGUGGCAAGGCCUGACGCGGCACAAUCCACUCUAGAAGCAGCCAAUUGACAGAACUGAAGAACACAAUUAGCAAAACCAUGUUAAUAUUAACAGAUCUGUUACAGAUCGCAUAGACAGCCCUACUUUUCUGAUAAAAGUGCCUUUGUUAGUGGUAUGCGUACCCCUGUACAGUCUCAGACACAUUUUUAUGAUGCAUUUUUAUGUAUAGCCAUCAAUUAGGAGAAAAGUCUAGACAUCUUGUUUUCAAACUCUUCUUGGAAAAUUACCCCACAUGCUGCUACAAAAUAUCUCAGGUCCCUACACACACAAGUUGUCUAUGUUCUGAGUGAGGCAUUUUUCUCUUUACCCCCAUUAAGAAAUUCCCACCUUCUAGUUUUUGUUUUUGUUUUUCCAUUUGGCAAAAACAAAAAACAGAUAGCAGCAGGUUGAAGAUGGGACACCACGUUUCUUCACUGGAGGAAAAUAAACCUUUUUAUGCCAAAGAAAAGCAGCUAUCUCCAGAGAUGCUGUCCCUUUACCACCUAAAGGGGUAGGAGGGUGAGUUUCACAAUCUCAGUCAAGAGGAACACAAGGUAAAGGAGUGUAUCCCUGUGUGCUCUGGCUGAGGUGAAAACGGUAUUCACCCCCAUAGGCAGAUAAAGACAAGUAAAGAAGCCUCUUCCCUCAGCCACCCCCAGCAGGAAGACUAGUUCUCAGAGUCUGCCUCUCUUAGGAGGCAGGGUGGGGGGCUGGUUGGCUCUUUCUUCCUGCUGGCCAGGGAAUCAGGCUGCCUCAGUGCAGAAGAACCAUGAAAACAUGAGGAAGAGUACAGUUAUUCAGACACAACUGCCACAUGGUUCUACAUACAUGAAGUUUCUAGGACAGACAUUCAGAGCAUCAGAGAACAGAUCAUAAGUUAUUAGACAUGAAGCAGCAAGGAAAAAUUACUUUAUCCAUAUAGAUUGUUUGGUCAGGGGUAAAGGAGAAGUUAUAGAAAAUAGUAAUCCUGGUCGUGAUGAUAUUUUAAAUACAACUAUUGAAAUGCACACUUAAAAUAAAAUAGACUGGCAACAGGGCACAGCACACUUGUGAUCUCAGCACGAGGGAGGCCACAGCAAGAGGAGGAUGAGUUGAAGGCCAAUUUGGGAUACACAGCAAGACCCUGCCCCCAAAUAGAAUAUAAUUCAUUAUAAAUAGUUAAAAUGACCAUUUUCAUGUUUGAAAUAUUCUACCACAUCCUAUCCACAGAGAAAAGACUGCUGUGUCCUAGAGGUCUGUUGCUUAGCCUGCCCCUAAGUGAAAGGCAGUGCGGUGUAGCUGGAAGCAGCUUAGGAGUGUGGGGUGCCAAGCUGUAUUUUAGUUCCAUAUUAACAUUCUGGCCUCCAGAUAUACUCAGAAUUGGCACAGUAUCAUUAAGAGUUUAUACUGCUCUUCAAUCAGUAUAUCUGUAGGUCUGUGUGUAAAGUAUAAUAUCAAGAGUCUGUGAGCAGCUAGCUGGCCACACUGCCUUUGGAACCACGGAUGCUUUUAUUGAAAAUGAGACUAGAAUCCUAGAGGCUAGAGAGCUAGUUGAGCCACUAAGAGUGUUUUUCUCAGAAACUACAUGUUUCACAAUUGUCUGUAACUCCAGAUCCAAGGAAUCCAACACGCUCUUCUGCCCUACACAGGUACCAGGCAUACACAUGGUUCACAUACAUACAUGCAAGCAAACAUACACAUAAAAAUAAAUUUUUAUAAAAAUAUAACCCUAUUAAACUUUCAAAAAUGAAAGUUUUAAAUUAGCUUUAUUUAUAUAAUAAAAAAUCACAAAAGCAAAACCAUCGUAGUGACAUCAAUAGAGCUGAGAAAAGACAAGCUAAAUCAUAGUAUAUUCUAUGCAUUGCCUCAGAGCAAUGCAGACUUUUGAACUUGUUACACUGAGUUAAGGUCACAACUUUGCCAGUAAUGAAAUCCUUUAGAAUCAUCUGAAAAUUAUUUAUCUUGUUUUCUGGAUCUGCCCAAAGAAAGAACAAAUUUAACUUUGCAACCAGUCAGAUCCCUAGUGUGGGCCUGUUGACUAAAAUCAGCUGAAGAGAUUUGUUCUGAGGAGCUGGGAAAUAGAGGAGAAGAGUUCCAACAGCAGUAGAGUCAGAUCAAUAGUCAGCCAUGGUCUUGAGGCAAUGAAAUCAGUUUUGAAUCACGCUGUCAAUCGUUGGUGUUGAUAACAUUAACAAAAGCUAACCCAACAAUGUUAGCAGUGGCUUACAGCACAGACAAACAAGAAGCUUACCACAGUCACCUCUCUGCUUGGCUAUUUCACUCACAAAGGAAAUAAGCUCGCUCUUUCUUUCUUCCUUCCUUUCUUUCUUUCUUUGCUUAGAAAAAAAUGUCUUUUCUAAAUAAAAUUUUAAAAAAUAACCUGAACAAGGAAAUUAAAGUUUUUGCCUAACUGUGAAGGAGAAAGCUCAUACUAUUCUUAAAGCCUGUGUCUGCAGAGAGUAGCUCCUGCCUUUAUAAACCAGAGCACACCGUUGCUAGAAAAGCAAUGUAGAUGAAUUAUUUGGAGGUGCAGGGAACUUGGUGUUGUUGUUUCUUGAUAUUUUCUUAAAUUCUAUGAAAUGAGUUAGAGGGUAUACAUGUUUGAACGGCUUCCCUUUUGUCAUCAAAAGUUAAUUGGAAAAUUAAAACAAUGCUUAGUGAUUUUGAAAUACAAACUAUAAGCAGUAAAUAAUCCUGAACUGGAAGUCUGUAGUAGAAUGCCUAUGUACACAUACACACACACAUGAACACACAAACACACACACACACACACACACACACACACACACACACACACAUAUAUGAAAGCUCUAGAAACCAUGGUUGACACAGCAUGAGGAACCUUGGGGGAAAGAUAGGUGGCUGGGAAGAUAGUCUGACAAGAACAAAGCAGGAGCUAACAUGGGAGAGUGGGAAGCACCGCUGUAGAUUUGGGCUGUGGGAAAGAAUGGGGAGGAAGUAAGGCUUCACAGGUAGACAGAACUGACCCAUGCCUGUGAUUAUCCCAGGACAGGGAGUUAGAAGAGGUGUGGGAAGUGGCUGCUCAGCCACAGAAUGCAGGCAACAGCCUUCUUCCUAGAGAACACCUGUGGCCUUCAGCACGAACUUCCCAUAUGCAUUCUAAAAGGCUGUACUAAUUUCUCUACCAGUGUGAAGGCCCAGAUUUCACUGUUUGGUCCAGUGUUACCGUGUUUUGAACUUAAACACGGUACUUACACACUAAAGAGCCAGUCAUUUCAUAGCCUACUGGUAUUUCUGUCAUGUAGCCUACUGUGAAACUAAAAUGCUCCGCUCUUUUUGCAUGAGUCUUAGAGACUCCAGUGCUCAGAAGCCAUCCACCUGGUUUGAGGUGGUUUCGGGGCAAUGGGUUGAUGGAGAGGAUCUCUCAUUGACCUGCAGCUUUUCAAGUAGGCCAGGCUAGCUGUCCAGCAUGCCCCAGGGAUCUGUCCCUACCUCCCCAUUGUAGAGAUCACAAGCACACACCAACAUACCUGCCUUUUUUUGUGGUUUCUUGGGAUCAAACUCAGAUCACCAUGUUUGCAUGGCAAGCAUUUUGUCGGGUGAGCCUUCUCCCCAGCCCAUGUCUAGGUUUUAAGUACAAGUCUAUGAGUCUCUGCUCAUUUGCAUUGUGAAAAAGCCAGCAUCUGUAACCUACUUAUCCCUCAAGUAAGUAAAAAAUAAAGAGAAUGAAUGAACCAUCACCAUAACUUGUAAAAUUGUAGGUAAAUUGAUCAUCUAACCUUGCAGCCAUCCCAAGCAGCAUGAGAUGACAUUGUACCAUAUGUAGACCAGCCCAAGAAAAGACCAAAGUUCAGUUUCAACUAUAAUUUCUACAAGGAAUAUAUCAUGUUUUCAUCAUACUAAAAUUGAAAAAAAAUAGAUUAAACCAUUGAGUGGUUUAUAUCCAUGUGUAUGCACAUAAGUGUGUGCCUUCUGUAGUGGUUGGACCCAUCAAUAGUGUAUCAGGAUCCCGUGUCCCCCACACCCUCCCCAUCAUUUAUUGUUGGCUAUUUUCUACAUGGUAGCCAUGUAAGAGGAUAUCUCCAUGUAGUCUCAGUUUGCAUUUCCUAAUGGCUAAGGCUCCUGAAUAUUCUUCAGCCAUUUUGUUGGCCAUUUGUAUAUGUUCCUUUGUGAGCUGUCCGAUUUGCUUGACCGCUUACUGUCAGAUCUUUGUGUAGUGUGGAUAUCAGUACCUGACAAAGGCUUGUUCCUUGUCUGCUGCAUCUUCACUCCAGCUGGUCCCCUUAGUUGUGAUGCUUUUUAAUCCAUGAUGUCAUUUGUCACCCUUCUCCCCCAUCCUGAGCUACGGAGAACUUCUCAGAAACCCUUGCCUGUUUCUUCCUGUUUUCUUCUACUAUUUUCAGAGUUUAAGGUCUGGCAUUAAGGUGUCUGAUCCAGUUUGAGUUGUUUUUUGUUUAUUGCUAUUUUGUUUUUUGUUUGUUUUGUGAAAAGUGAGAGGUUGGUAUCUAGUCCUUCUAUCUAAUUUUUUAAAAAUCAGUUUUAGUAUUCAGUUUUCCUGCCCCGUUUACUAAAGAAAAAAAUGGUCUUUUUUUUUUCCUUUAUACUGUGUGUGAUACCUUUGUCAAGAUUCAAGUAGCCAUUGUUGUGUGGGCUUAUUUCUCGGCUCACCGUUCCUUUUCUUUGGCGUGAAUGUUUAUUGUGCUAGCACCAUACUGCUUGUGUCACUAUGGCUCUGCAGUAGGACUUCCGUGAGCCUCUGGCACUGCUAUUUGCUCAGGGGUACUUUGGCUGUUUGGAGCUUUCUGUGCAUUUAGGAUUGCUCUGGGUUUGGGCUGUUUGCUUUUCUGUUAUAUAAAGAAUAUCAUGGGAAUUUUAAUGGGCUUGCAAUAAAUCAUACAUUACUUUUCCUCAUGGCUGUAAGUAAGAAGAUAAAUGUUCAGAAAUGAAGGAAAGACUUAUCACUUAAUGUUAUCAUUACUGUGCUUCAGAAUUGUUAAAUAGAUAAGAGAGAUGACUUUGCCCUUAGGAAUACUUCAGCUCUUCCUGAGGACCCAGGCAUAGACACAGUCAUUAUUACACAUGAUUCUCAGAGGACCCACAUCAUCUUCCAGCCUCCCCAGGGACCCAGGGGUGUCCUGUUGCUGAGGAUACACACACACACACACACACACACACACACACACACACACACACACACACACACUAAUUCAAUCUCUCUUUUUAUUAUUUUAAAGAAAGUAUCAGAUCACAGUAAGGCUGAGCCAAAGGAUAGUUCUGUCUACCAAGAAUCUUGAUGAUUUUCUGAAAUCUUUACCUCAGCUGUUUUGAAGUCUUGCACAUAUGAUGUAUCAAGAGCUGUGUAAACUGACCCUUCCCCAGUCGUGUGCAGAGACCUAGACUCAGAGUUGGCCUGCAGUGAAGACUGUGAGGUGUAAAAGGAAGGUUCCUUUUUCAUGGAAUGGGUCUAAUUUAGGAAGCAGGACUACACAGUUGGCAGUCUCCUUAAAUACGUUCCUCAUAUACCAGUGUGAAAUAGCAAGCUGCUGGCAAGCAGACAAGCUCCGUGAAUUCAUAGGGACUGUUUCUUUUCUGUGUGUAACUGAGAUUCAGUGCCCAGUACCUAGUGCUUUCUGGGGGAAAAAAAAUGGUCUUUCUAAAAAUCUUGCUGUAUUUUUGUACUGGUUGAAAAUAAGCCCUUUGCACAUAUGGAAAAUUAUUAAGAUUCCCUUCUUCACAAAGUCUCUGAAAUGGAUUUUGGCAAAGACAUUUGUUUUCUUGCUGCUCUGUCAAAUCUGCCUUGUUUUAGACCACCGGCCUCCACCCAGUUUCUUCAUAGCCACAACAUCUAACUUUCUUUCUGUUUAAUACCUUUGUUGAGAAAAUAUAAAUAAAUAUACAUUACUUUUUAAAACAAAUCAUGGGUUUUCCAAACCAGUGACAUCAACAUUUUACAAACAACAGUCACCAUCUUGUGUGUGUGAUCAUCUUGAAAGAUGUCACCUCCCAAAUAUAUAAUGCCAAUACAGCAAAAGGUCAGCAGCUUAGGAUAAAGUGAUAUGACUGUUAGCUUUUGUCAUCUCUGAUCAUUAGCAGUGGUAGUCUAGUCUAUAAAACCGAUAGCUCACUAAUUGUAGAAGAAUCACAGUAACUGUUGCACGCUCUUGUGGUUGGUUGUUAUUAGCCUUAUUGUAUAAUAUUGUAUUAUGUUGAUUUCAUCUGUAGUAAGACACUGUAGAACUUAGUCUGUUAACACAGAGUGGUUGUUUGUUGUCUCGUGAUUUCUAGGAGCCGAGAACUUGGGACCAUCUUGGCUGGGCAGUUCUGGCAUAGAGUCCACCAUAUGUGUAGCCAUGUAUUCCUUAAGGUGGACAAUUCCCCCUAAGGUGACUUAGUUACAUGGCUGACAAGUUAGUUCUGGGCCUUGUCUACUGGCCUCAGUUCUGCACAGGAACUGAUGAAGUGCUCCCAUUGGGUGGAAGCUAGCUUAGUCCAAAAGAAGCAAUCCAGGAAAGUAAAAUGGGAUGGACAGUGACUACCCAAGACAGGAGUGACAGGGGAUGCUCCAUAGUGACGAGCUGGGAGCCCACAGGAAAGCCUGACAAAGGCACACAAUGAGUGAGGGGUUAGAAGAUGAGCUGUACCUGGCUCGACACACGCCAUCGAGGGGUGGCUUUUCACUGCUGGGUGCUGAGGUCAGAACCAGGGUUCCUGGGCAUGGAGAUUGUGCAAAGGGAACCAUAAGGUUGGCAUUUAUCUUCAUUGAUAGUAUUUCAUGAUUUUGCUUUAAAUGAUGUCCCAUUUCAUACCAGAGCAGCCCCAGAAAACACUGCCUCCAGCUUCAUCCAUUCUCCAUGGCUACAGGUGCUGGGUAUCAGGCUUUAGCGUUAUAUUAACCGGUCAUUUUACAGAGAUUUCUGUGUAACAAGGAACCACAGCCAUAGAGUCCUGAGCAUAGCUUACUCUUUGUUCAUGCCCAUGUUAAGUGAACAUUUUUGUAACAUUGAAUUUCUAUAGGAUGACUAAUGUACUGUAGGGCAAUUCAGACUUUUUUUCUUUUAAUCCACUUUGACAAAUAAACCUGAGACUGCUUAAAGAGUGGAGGCUAAACCCAGCCCUUCCCAAAGCUACCAAGUGUAUGUGCUCACCAUAGAGAGGAGGCCUGCAUUCUCUGUCUAUCCAAGCUUGCUCCCUAGCCUGCUUACCCUCAGCAGGAUCUUCAGUAAGACCUUGGCGUGAAUCAUCACAGCUCAGCUCUGCAAUCCUGACUCCAGGCAGUCUGCCUUCUCUGAGCCUCAGGCUUAGCCAGUCUCUGACCUUCAGGCUACUGGCAUUUUAAAUCAUGGACUCACUAGUGAAAUUAGCACUGUGUGAAAUAGGUGCAAAAGGGGCUCUGGCCCUGUGACCUGAAGAGAUAUGUGCAGUACAUGACAUGUCCCACGAUGUCCUCCUGCCCUCAUUUGUAGCCCACACAGCGACCGCAGCCAUCUCUCUAGCUACUCUGCGAAACUAAUCUGUUCUAAUGUGUUCUAAUCUCUUGUUUAAAUAUAGGAACUGUAAAUGCCUUUUCCCACUUUUUUAUCUGAGAGGAAUUUCACACAUACAUGCAUGCACACUCACACACAGUGAUAAAACAUGAGAAAAGCAAAGUAGGACAGAGAUGCUAUCGCAUUCUACCUUGAAGUAGGUGGAAGGCCUGGUUUGCUGUCUGCGUCAUGGAGUCUCGAUGCUUGUUGGAGAACUGUUUGUAGUUAGAGCUUGGGUUGUACGAUCUGAAAGGUCCUUUCCGCUGUAGUUUACAUCUGGAAUGGCCCCUAGGGGUUCCUGCACAGAAACCUCAGUCUCAGUGGCACUCUUGGGCGGCAGUGGACCCUCUGGUCUCAUGUCACUGGAAGCCGGUGCUUCAAGAGGACUGUGGCCUCUUCUCUUUUUGUGUCCCAGUGUGAAGACGGCUACAGACUUGUUGGCCAUUCAUGCUCCACUCUGAUGUGCUGUCCUGCCACAGCCAAAAGCAGUGGAUGACAACAGUGCCUUGCAUUACCAAUCAUCUUACUUAAAUUCUCGAAUGCUGUUGUCCUUGGGCAACUUACCCCUGACCCUCGCUUUCCUUUUGUAUAAAGUAUUGGCAAAUAUAGAGCCCUUCUAUGCAGCUGUCUGGAUUGGAUGAGUUAGAUUUUGUGAAGCUCUUUGUAAUAUAUAAGGUGGUAUUAUUAUAAUAUUUAUUAUAUUAUGUUAUAUAAGUUACGAUGGAGAGGAUGAAGGUAAAACUUUGUAGAAGAAGCUGAGAGUCAGAAAAGCUAUUUCUCUCAGGACAGACAGUGGUAGAACUGGAGCUUGAGCUCCCAGCUAAGGAGUCACUAAAAUGCAUCGUUUGCACGGUGUCUAGAAGCUGUGUCAGCUGCCUUUAGAAUAACGACUGUGAAAGCGCCUAAGCAGCAGGACUCAGUCACGGGUGCUAGCACUCCUAUACGGGUGUUCUAGAAAAGGGAAGGAGCGCGGAGUCCCUGGGCAUCCAUGGGCCUGUGGUAAUCAGCUUCCUCAGAACUAAUUAAGUCCACCAGAACAGCUCAUAGAGGAGAGGAACAAAACUGUUCCCACUUUCCCCGGGAGACCGGCCGUAGUCAGCUCGCCCGUUCUGCAUCACCUUGCUAGCACAUUCCCACUCACUUGGAUAAAGAUGAUGAAUGUGUCUUAGGUUGGAUGGCACCUGUGAGAGCCAUAAAACAAUGGUUUGGUUUUGGAAUAAUCUUAUUCCCUGGUCAUAGUUCUGCCUUGAGUGAAUGAGUAAGGAAUGAGCUCGCACUCCCAAGUGUGCUGCUGCCUCUGCUCAAAACACUUGAAACUCAUCCUCAAUUAACAUUGAACUUGCAGCACAUUCUUGGAAAAGACUGGUGACAAACAGCUUCAUUACUUCUUUGUCAUAUCAUACAGGACAAGCUGAACCUAUAACUGACUGAAAUAUGAAAUGGAAAAAUUACAGAAUGGAGUUCUUUGUUGAACCUUCCAUCCAGUGAUAGAGUUCUGUGAAUCUGAGAGAAAACACUUGAGAAGUAUUCAGAGAAAUGUUUGCUUGCUGGUAGUAGGUCGCUAGCAUUCUGGCUAUCAUUGGCAUGCUUCCACAGGGCCAACAUCAUUAACAGUGUUUAUCUUCAUGCCUGUUAGCUUUACCUAAUGGAAAAGUGAAAUAAAAAUUCCUAUAAGAACUGUUUAAAACAAAAUAUUGUUCAAUUUUUAUACUUUAUAUUAUUUUUAAAUGUUAUGAAAAUGUAUUAUUUUAUUGCCCUGUAAAGCCACAUAUGCUUAUUAAUCUGGUUUUCUUUGUCUAUUUAUAAGGAUGUUUUAUCAAAAUUGAUAUUUUAAAUAUCAUAAAGAUGUAAUGCUUUGCUAAAUUAGACUAUAAAUGAUUAAUUUGGAAAGCAAAUGCAUUUUAAUUAUUUUUCUAGAGUGCCUCUGUAUGUUAUAAAUUGGCAACCAUUAGAAAUCAAGUCACCUACAUGAGUAGUGUCUUUGGGCACUCAGGCCUCUGCUAUAAAGGAACAAUUGAGCCAACAUUUGCCUAAAUGUGUGUCCCAACAUGGGGUCUGCACUCCUCCUUUUACAUCUCACCUACACUUUGUACUCACUCAAAAGAGUUCUCUGAUUUUUUCCUAUGUGGAUAAAUUGAUUUGUGCUUUUAAAAUAUGAGUAGAGAAAAACAGUUUAUCCAGGAAAAUGGAGCUGAACCUCUGAAAGAGCUUUUAUUAAGGAGAAUGAAAUUAAUAUGUUAACUGCUAAUACCUGCUCAGGGUUUGACUUACAAAGUCAUGCGGUGUACUGAAAAAUACAGAAGUCAAGAGGCCUGGACUCUGGUCCUUGUCUCUGCCACAAGUCUUUCUAAAGGACCUCGGACUGGUCCCAUGACCUCUGUGGACGUCUGCCUGCUCAAGUGUACAAGGAAGCUUGACAGCUUGAUUGAUGAGCCCUUGUGGCUGGAGAACCGGCUCCUCAUUCAGAGCCGGUUUCAGCACUGUCUGACUGGCUGCAUCUCUCUAGAUGUGUAAACCACACACGCAUUAAUUGUGUGCUCACCUAAUGAAUACUAUGGCCUCGCGUGGGAUGAUUUCACCUUCAGUUCUCACAAUGCUACAGGCUGAAAAGUCCAUGGUCAAGGUGCUAAGUCAGUGAACUGCAGUUGACCCAACCGUUUCUCACUGUGUCUGCAGUGGCCAGUUCUCUCUCUGGGUGUAUGGAGGGCUUCCUCUUUUUAGGCCACCAUGCCUGUCAGGUUAGGACCCUUAAGCUUCAUGUCCAAAUAUAGUGACAUUAAGGGUGACCUUAGUUACCUUAGGUACUUUCCUCCACAACUGUCUCUUCCUCCCAGCAUCUUCCUUUUGGGGUUAGACAGAAGUAGCAACUAAAUUUCAUGAACUGUAAAACCCAAAGCAAUAAAUACAGUAUCAACAAACUGAUUUUUAAAAUAAGAACUAGAAAUAGCAUUCUUAUCCUAUUUCUGCAUCCCCUUCUUUCCCAGCCGCUGGUAACCUCUCUUCUCCUUUCUCCAUGAAUUUGCCUAUUGUCAGCAUCUGCCCACGUGGGAUUAUAUGAGACACGGCAUUCUUAUCUGACCCUUCCAGCCAGCAUAGUGUUGUCAGGAGCCAUCUGUUACCGGAGUGUGUUGAGACUUUAUUCUCUUCUAAAGCUGAGUAGUAAAUAUCCCAUUGUACCUAUAUACUGCAUUUUACUAUCCCUCCAUCCACUGAAGGAUGUAUGGGUCAUUUCUACCACUUGGCUAAUGUAAAUACUGCUAUUACAAAUACUUUCUUUAAUUUCUUAACACUGUGUGUGUGUGUGUGUGUGUGUGUGUGUGUGUGUGUGUGUGUGUGAGAUGUGUACAUUAGGAGGUGUGAUGGUUUGCAUAUGCUUGGUCCAGGGAGUGGCACUAUUAGGUGUGGCCUUGUUGGAGGAAGUGUGUCUCUGUGGGGGUGGGCUUGGAGACCCUCCUCCUAGCUGCCUGAGGAUGCUCAGUCUGUUCCUGGCUUCCUUUGGGUGAAGAUGUAGAACUCUCAGCUCCUCCUGCACCAUGCCUGCCGGGAUGCUGCCAUGCUCCCGCCUUGAUGAUAAUGGACUGAACCUCUGAUCCUGUAAGCCAGCCCCAAUUAAAUGUUGUCCUUACAUUGGUCAUGGUGUCUGUUCACAGCAAUAAGACCCUAACUAAGACAGGAGGUCAAAUGACAACUUGAAAAAGUCAAUUCAGUCCUUCCACCAUGCAGCUUUUAGAAAUCAAACUAAAGUCAUCAGCCUUGACAACAGACCCUUUACCUGCUCAAGCAUCUUCUAGCCCACAAUGUAUUUAUGUGUUCAUGUAUAUGUCGGCGUGAGCACAUGCACACACCUGUACACUCAGAGACUAGCAGAGGAUGGUCGAUCCCUUGAAACUGGAGUUUCAGGCAUUUGUAAAGUGCGUUACAUGGGUGCCAGGAUCCAAAUGUCAGUCCUCACAAUUUGCAACCAAUUUUCUUAACCACUGAGUCACUCAUCUCUCCAUCCCUACACUCUGUAGGUUUCUACUUUCAAUUCCUUAGGGUUUGUGCCUAAAAGUAGACUUGCUGGUCACAUGUUAUUCUGUGUUAAGUGUUUUCAAUGGUAGCUGUGCAUCAAGAGUUCUAUGGCCUCAUCAAGUAGAUGGCUUAAAGCAGCAGGGAAUUCAUAUGUGUAGCAGGGUCUUUACAAUGAUCUUCUGUAUACCAAACUCUCUGUUAUUAGAGUCUGCAGUCUUCAAAGGGAGCCCAAAUAAAAUGUCUGCAAGGAAACUCUGCCCUCCGGUUAAUGGUAGGGGUGGGAUACACACUAACAAGUAGUACCUUAUCUCUAACAGCUCUGCUCCUCUAAGGCUGGGAGCACAUGGGUCUUCACAUGUGAGCAUUACACGGGGAUGAGUUUAACUCACAAGGGCUUUCACGCUGAAAUGCAAGCUCAUCACAGUGCUCGAAGCUCUGCUGCUUAGAUUAUACAUUCAGAAAAAUGCACACACACAUACACGUGUACAUACACAUACAUGUUUCGUAAAUGAAAGUGUCGAAUCUUCACUUAAGAAUGUUCACUGCCGUGCUAUUACAAUAGUCAAUGACUAAUCUGGAAAGUCUCCAUUCCAAUAAACAGGAAACAUGGUAUGACCAUGCACUGGGACAUGGUAUAAAACAUGCACUUAUGUAGUUAUUAAUAUUUUCAAAAAUGUAUACUCUCUGGUGAUCAGCAUGUUACAAUGAAUAAGUGACUUUAACACAGCAAAAUCUGAUCUAAACACUAUCCAUAGGCAUAAACCAGAAGGAACUGCUAGCAUGCUUGGUUUUUUCUAGUUUUAUUAAGGAAUAAACUUUACCAUUAUGUGCAUUUCAGAGUUGCACAGUUUCAGAGAGAUCAGUAUUUAUAUUUAUACUUUACUACUGUUACUUGGUAACUGAAUUUUGUUUUCUCUAAAGUGAAAUUACCUUGCGAUGCAAUGUUCAAAUCUUGAGCUGCCACUCCUGGGGAAAUCUCCUUAGUCAGGACUGAAACUCUUGCUUUGGCCUGCGUUCCCGCUGGGUGGAAGUUGUGUGUGGCAGUGCAGGCAGCAAUGUUCUAUCAACAGAAACUCAGGUAUUUCUUUGCACAGUGUUAGCCAGAUAAAGUUAAUUCGCUAAGAAGAGCACAGUGAGCAGUAAGAGGGUGACAGGCUGUGGACACCAGGGUGCCACAGAGCACCUCCUGCUGCACUUUGCUGUCUACCUUUGUUGUAUAAAUUAGAAGGUGAGAUGGAAAAGAGCCAUCUCCCACCUCUGCUUUCCCAUGUACUGGAGAAAACCAGAGGCCCUGCCAUAUGAUGGACAGCUUGUUAGAGAUUGGUGGGUAAUGGUGCACAUAAGGGUCUCCUGCAGUGGUUAGGAGGGAGCUAUUUCUUCCCUGGAUCGCAGCAGUGUGCUCGCAAGGGGAAAGAGGUCUUCUCCAUUUAUCAUUUAUGGGUAUGAUAACUGUUUUAGAAUUCUCUGCAUUUAUACAGAGGAUGGAUGGAUGGAUGGAUGGAUGGAUGGAUGGAUGGAUGGAUGGACAAACACACAAGUUUUCUGAACAUAAUAACAGUAUUUGCCCACAAGCCACUCCUGCUAAUCCCAGAAUAAUUUGCCAGUUUCUCAAAGCAAGUACAAUAGAAAGUGUGCCUGGGUCCACUGGCUUCUUAGUACUGGGUUCUAGCUCAGACACUGCUUACUGCUUAGAAUUCUCCAUGCAGCAGAGUCACCACUUUGAGCCAUAUCCAUGGAUAUCUUCUUAGAGUCCCAAGGCAUGAUCUCUGGGCACUGGAAGAGUUGCCUCUGAGAAAAAUUACUAGCAAAGAUAGCUUUUUUGGUAGCACCACUCCCUUGUGGGGUGACAGGUUGUUUGCCUUUCUGAGGGCCAUGAUUGAAGGUACAGGACACAGAAGCCUCCUGCAGUGUUGAGAAUGCUUCCUCAGAGUCUCCCAGUGAGAACUGGUGCUCAGAGAGUCUGCCAGGAAAGCAGUGUUCAUGCUGUACCUGUGGGCAGAAUGACCCCGCAGCACUCCCCUGCUGUGAGGCACACAGAAUGGGCUGUGUGAGCACUGGCAAUGUUUACCUUCUUUUAUUCAGAGCAAUACAAGUGACAAACAAGAGUCAAGGGGUCCUGAGGAAAUGGUUAGUUCAAUAGCACAGGGUCCAAAGAGUGCAAUGGAGGGUCUGAUCUUGGCUCCAGCUGAGAACAGGCAUUGGGAAUUGAUGAGCAACCUCCUAUUGGGGCUGAGAAUGCAAGAAGGAUGUGCUGCGCUGAGUUCAACAACAGAUACUCCAAAGGAGGAGCUGGGCAGCAGUCAGUGAUGGGAGCACCAGUGCACACAGUGGCUGCAGGAGCCCCAGGAGCAGAUCCCUGGCUGGGCCACAGAACAGUGUGGGUGGUCCUCCUGCCCAGGACUUAGACCCAGGGCAGAGCCAAGCAGAAGAGGACAUAUGUCCACCUUGUCACCUAGCAAAGCACUGUGUGACACAGCUCCAUCCAGGCUGGCCAGUGGUGACAUCAUCCUUAAAACACUAAAUGGAAGGCUCCAUCCUUAGAGAUUUUUUUAAGCUAUAAUUAUUGGGGCAAGGAAAAGUUUUUUGAACUUGGUUUUUAAAUCUUACUUUACAUUUUCCUGGGGUUUAGUUCUGUUUGCUUCCAGCAUGGCCUAAAUACCUACUUCAAAGCAAACAUUCUAACAAGAACUUGUUAAAAGGAAGAGAAACCAGUCCCUGUGGCUUCUUGUACACCAGCUAUGGAGGCCUCACAGAACCACGUUUGUGAGCUGAGUGUAAAUGAAUCCGAAACCUACAAAUUAGAUUUCCCUUGAAAUACACAUGGGCUUAAAACCUUAACGGGAAAAGAACUUGGCAAAUCAAGUCUGACCAUAUUCAGCAAAACCUCACUAAUUUGCACUAAUGACCAAGAGACCCAUUGAGAAUUAGCUGGAUUUUUGUGAGUGUGUUAGCAUGGGAAAAAAAUACCAAAACGGGAGUGUGGAAGUGAGGGUAGCGAGGGUAGAGAGGAAGAGGGAGGAGGAAAAUCAAAGUUCUAGCAUGAAACGAGCAUACUUUAUGGUACAGUGAAGAAUGCAUUUGAACGGUUACUGGAAUGAAACCCAAUAGCUUAAUGAGCGCCUUGCCGCGGUGCCUGCUGCUGCCGAGGCGGCCAUGCCAUAGGCCUCCUGAGCCAGCAGCUAAUGUGCACUUGGGCAAAGAGGCCUUUGCCUGAUUGAAAGCUGGGGGGCUGUGGUUUGCGCAGGGGUAUAAACCAGUGAGAUUCUACCGUGUGUCAUGCACAUUUGUUAUGGACGCUGUGAUUGCAAAUCAGAAUCGGGAGUUAGAUUGCUUAUUACGGCUUUUAAAAAAGGCAAAAAUGUACUACACAUAGCAAAAGAUGUUGGAAUUCUCACUAGCUUCCUCUUCUGCAGAUAUAGAGAAUUCUACUUAGUGUAGUGAAUAGAAGAUGUUCACUUUUACAUUUUCAGAAUCGAAGGCUAGACAAUUUGGUACCUUCUAUUGUGACAUGAAUUUUAUUAAAAAUAAAAGCAGCAUCUUUAUAUAAGCAAAUGUUUGAAAUGCUGUUGACUUAGUUCAUUAUUCCAGGCCCAAAUUUCAUAAUGAUAAUGGCUCUUUUUCUGUGGCUACUUUUGAGAAACAAAUGCUAUUUUAAUUGUAGUUAUGCGUCUCUGGGGUUUAAGUGGGAUAUGUGCAUGUAGUGUGGUGCCCACACAAACCAGAAGAGGGCAUUGAUCCCCAGGAGCUGGAGUUACCGGUGGUUUGUGUGCCAUUUAGAAUGAGUGCUUGGAACGGACCUCAGAUCCUCUGCAAGAGCGCUGUGUGCUCUUAACCACUAAGCCAUCUCUCCAGCUCCUAAGAUACCAUUUAACUGGAUGUGAUUACAGGAGGUGCCUCCCACAACCGAGCAUGUACCUUAGCUUUAAGACGAGGAUUUCAUGUACUGUGGGCCUCAGACAUACUAUGUAUGUCUCAAAAAUGCCCCUUCCCUCUGAGAAGAAGCUUCUGACAAUGAUUUGUAUUUAUGCUGAUUUGAAUUGCUCCCUCAGAUCUGCCUUUCAGAAAGCUACCUUUCUACCAGCUGAAGAAUCAUUUAGAACUACUCCUCAGCCACUGGAGAAUAAUAAAUGUGUUCUGUAGGUUUCUCAGGAUAUAAUUUUAUGCAAAUAAUUUUAGGUCUUGUACUAACCCCCAACCAGAAAAAGAAUCAUGACACCAAGUGGCACAGAAAAGGCCAAAGUCCAGUAAACACGUGGUAAAGCUCUCAACUCUCACCAGUUUUCAUCUUUCCUUUCCUUCCCACAAUUAAACAGUGGCUGCAGUUCAUGCAGACCUUCUGAGGCAUCCCUCCUUCAAGCCAAGAACUGAGGAAGUAAUGAAACCAACGGGCUUGUUUAUUAGCACACGUGUGUGUGUGUGUGUGUGUGUGUGUGUGUGUGUGUGUGUGUGUGUGUGUGUGUGCGCGCGCGUGCGCACAAAUACACACACACAUACCCCACAUAGGAGCCACAUAAAAGUUACUCAUUCAUACCAAAACUGUGGAAAAAUCUUUUGCAGCAGAACACCUUAGAAGGCUAGAGAACAGUCUGCAUGAUCUGUAUGAUAGGUGAUCUUGCCCCGCACAGCCACUCUUAACUUAUCACCAUUCCCCUGCCUCCUAUUCAUUCUUCUGCAGCCAUGCUGUCCUUUGUUCGGUGCCUCAAACCUUCCACUGAAGCUUCCCCAAGGAUCUUCCCCCUGCCGCUCUCUCGUGGUUGCUCUUUCAGUGUGGUUUGCUUCCUGUUCAUUGUUCAUCUCUCUCAUCAGAUGUCCUCUUUCUGGACGGGCCGUGCUGACCCUUCCUUGGAAUAGCUACGGCUCUACUCUUGUGUGUUGAGUUGUCUGUCAUCUGCUGUGAAACAUGCAUUGGCUUUGAUGUGCUCACGUGUCCUCCCACAAUAGUAAGCAAUAAAUAAUAUCUAUGAAAUAAAGAUUUAGUGAACAGUGAAGGAAAGAAAUAACAUGAAUAUAUGCAGAUAUCCUGCAAGGUUGGGUUGCCUCUGUGCCUUAGUAACUUCACUUCAUUUUCUCCAUAACUAAUAGUCUUUUCAUUUCUUUCUUGAAAGGAGUUUUUAUAAAUACUUUCAAGUAGAGUAUUCUCUCUCUCUCUCUCUCUCUCUCUCUCUCUCUCUCUCUCUCUCUCUCUUCUCCCUCCCUCCCUCCCUUUCUUGCCUCGGAAUUCAGAUGUUCAUUUAAAGUAUAAGCCUUGAAAGGUAUAAUCUGUGCAUAAUUACAACUUUCUCAGCAUUUUGAUAUUAAAUAUUUGGUCACAUCCAAGGUAUUUCUAUUGUAUUUCUUCAUCAAGGCUUUAAUGAACUUUGAACUACUAAUAUAGUAAUAUAUAUAAAAGACAAUGAUGGCCUAGAAGAAAGACACAGUAUGGAAUUGUAUUAUUUCUUUAUAAUGUGCAGUGGCUGUAGUAAUCUUUAUGGGUGAAAUGAGACCAUACAGAGGCCCUGUCAUUGGAGGGGGGAAAUUUACUUGCAUACAGAAAUUCCUCACUCCUGUUAGAUAGGUGCAAAUGGUGAGAUAAAGAAAAAAGUACUGUACAGUCCUAAAUUAGAGAAGGCUUUGCAAAAAGGAGGUUGCCUUGGUUGAAUUUAAAGGCCAGAAGAGGUUAGCCCAGACAGGAGGGGCUUGAUAAAAAGGAAGCAUGCACAGAUAUCAAGUGCCAAGGAGCUAUGAACAGAGCAAGAAGACCAGGAAAUCCUCCAGCAUUGGGACUUACUAAAGCGUGAGUGUACAGUGAGGGAGGCUGGUGGAAAGGGGGUGUAGUUAACUUCAGAUAUACAACCUGUUCUCCAAAUAAGAGCUUACAUACUGCCCUAAGAUCAGAUCAAAGCAAAACUACGUUAGAGUUAGAACAGAAAACUCAGACUUCCCAGUAUGGCUUCUCCUCAAUGUUCUUUGUUCCCUUUGGCUCAACAGCUAGAACAUUGCCACAUCCAGGGCUUUUCUCAGCUGACCUUGUAAAAACACAGCCUAGAGUCACUUAGGAAAAGGGGAUCUCAAUUGAGAAAUUGCCUCUAUCAGAUUGGACUAUAGGCAAAUCUAUGAGCACUUUGUUGAUUAAUGAUUGCUACAGGAGGACCCAGGCCACAGGGAUGGUGCCAGCCCUUGGCAGGUGGCUUGUAUAAGCAUGACCUCUGUGGCAGAGUCUACCUUGAGUUCCUGCUCUGGUCUUCUUCAUAGUAGGCUGUGAUCAUUAGGUGUAAGCUAAAUAAACCUUCUCCUCAAAUUGCUUUUGGUCAUGGUGCUUAUCAUAUCGGUAAAAAGCAGUAAACUAGACCAAUCCCUUCCCUCAGAGAUUAGAAACCUAAGUUUGAAGGCUUGGUGUAGUCAUGAAUUAAUGGUAAAACCCAAACUAGAACUCUGUCCCUUGAUUUCCAAUCUAGUGGCUUUUAGAAGUAUGACACUGGAGAAAGAAAAAGAGAAAUUUCUUCUUUCACAAAUAUAGUAUAUAAAAGAAAAUACUAAAAAAAAUAUUCUCUGCUCUCUAUAGACUCAUCAAUCUUAUUAGUGGAGGUUUUCUUUAGCAUACUCUUCUCUUCUUAGUUCAUCCUGUGCCCUGGACCUUCUCAUGCUACUGCUGUGUUAUCCCUCAGCCUGAAGCUUAGAGAACUCAGUACGGAGAGCUCUCUGCUAAGACCUCUUGUUAAUGGAAUCCAUUCCCAUUAAGGCUUGAUGGUGCCUGGGUGACUGACCUGUUAAACAGUGUGUCAUGGCUGGAUCCUGUUCUAAUGGCAAAAGCAGCAGAAUUGCAGUGUGGAGACCUGGUUAUGCUCCCAGCCCAGCCAUUAAGUAGCUGAAUAACAUUUGGAAAAGUCACUCAGGCUCAGCUGUACAAUGAGAAAGUUAAACUAAAUUAUCCCUCAGGCCCACUCUGGCUCCUACAGUCUGUAAUUCCAAUCACAGCGUACGUUGUGCUUUAUCUGUGAGCACUGUAGCAUUUAAUAGGCUGCUAUAAGCUCUCAUUUUUGGUGGUCCUCGUGACUGAGGAGAGUUGGGUACACAAAGCAGUUGACUAUGGAUACCUCCAAAGAGAUGCGGGAGUGGGCGUUUUCUCCCCAGGAUAGAGGGAACGUGCUCAUGGGAUGUGUUGUUUGUCCAUGAGCAGCCCCAGUAUGGGAAUCUGAAUGACUUCUCUGAUGUUCUUGAAGUUAUGUCCCCCAUCAUCAGUGGACUGGACAGCACAGCACAGCUGUGGAGGGCCCAUGAAGGACUUAGGUGACCACUGUGAACAGCUCUACAUGUACCAGUGUGCACUCUUGUAGUAUCCCCAGGGCUUCCCCAGCCUUCACAGAUUCCCAAUUGGCCUUUCAUUUUCCCAUCUCUCACUCCAGCAAAAGCCCUUCCUCAGUGUGUCAAACAGCCCUGGAAAUCAAGCCCUACCGCUUUAAGAAUAAGUGUGAUACAACAAA